UGAUCUCUCUCCCAGCGAAAGUUCGGGUUCCGCCAAGGGCUGGGAGUUGGUACCAGGGAAGCAGCGAAGAUCCUGUCUCCUGACGUAGGCCUUUUCCUACUGUCAUGUCUCAAGGCAUCCUCUCCCCGCCGGCAGGCUUGCUGUCCGAUGAGGAUGUCGUAGUAUCUCCUAUGUUUGAGUCCACAGCUGCAGAUUUGGGAUCUGCAAUGCAUAAGAAACUGUUGUCAGACUGCUCUGUCAUUUCCACCUCCUUGGAGGACAAACAGCAGGUUCUGUGUGAGGAUAAUACAGAGAAGGUAAAAGUAUACCUCCGAGUCAGGCCCUUGUUACCUUCAGAGUUAGAAAGACAUGAGGAUCAGGGCUGUGUACGUAUUGAGAAUUUGGAGACCCUUGUUCUGCAAGCACCUAAGGAUUCAUUUGCUCUAAAGAGCAAUGAGCGGGGAAUUGGCCAAGCCACUCAUAGGUUCACAUUUUCUCAGAUAUUUGGGCCAGAAGUAGGACAGGCAAACUUCUUCAACCUGACUGUGAAGGAGAUGGUAAAGGAUGUACUCAAAGGACAGAACUGGCUCAUCUAUACGUACGGAGUUACCAACUCAGGGAAAACCCACACGAUUCAAGGUACCAUCAAGGAUGGAGGAAUCCUUCCCCGGUCACUAGCUCUGAUCUUCAAUAGCCUCCAGGGACAACUUCAUUCAACACCUGAUCUGAAGCCAUUGCUCUCCAAUGAGGUAAUCUGGCUAGACAGCAAGCAAAUUCGACAGGAGGAAGUGAAAAAGAUGUCCUUGCUAAAUGGAGGCCUCCAAGAGGAGGAGCUAUCUACUUCCUUGAAGAAGAAUGUCUACAUUGAAAGUCGGAUGGGUACUAGCACCAGUUUUGAUAGUGGCAUUGCUGGGCUCUCUUCAAGCAGUCAGUUUACUAGCAGUAGCCAGCUGGAUGAAACAAGUCAGCGGUGGGCACAGCCAGACACUGCCCCAGUUAGUGUCCCAACAGACAUUCGCUUCUCUAUCUGGAUCUCCUUCUUUGAGAUCUACAAUGAACUGCUAUAUGACCUGUUAGAACCACCUAGCCCACAGCGUAAGAGGCAGACUCUACGGCUGUGUGAAGAUCAAAAUGGCAAUGCUUAUGUAAAAGAUCUCAAUUGGAUUCAUGUUCGAGAUGCUGAAGAAGCUUGGAAACUCCUCAAAGUCGGUCGUAAGAACCAGAGCUUUGCCAGCACCCACCUAAAUCAGAACUCUAGCCGAAGUCACAGUAUCUUCUCAAUCCGAAUUCUGCACCUUCAAGGGGAAGGAGAUAUGAUCCCCCAAAUCAGCGAGUUGUCACUCUGUGAUCUGGCUGGCUCAGAGCGCUGCAAAGAUCAAAAGAGUGGUGAACGGCUAAAGGAAGCAGGGAACAUUAACACAUCUCUACACACCCUGGGCCGUUGUAUUGCUGCCCUUCGCCAAAACCAGCAGAACCGGUCUAAACAGAACCUGGUUCCCUUCCGUGACAGCAAGUUGACUCGAGUGUUUCAGGGCUUCUUCACAGGUAGAGGCCGUUCCUGCAUGAUUGUCAAUAUCAAUCCCUGUGCAUCUACCUAUGAUGAGACACUGCAUGUGGCUAAAUUUUCAGCCAUUGCUAGCCAGCUUGUACAUGCCCCGCCUAUGCAUCUGGGACUCCCAUCCCUGCGUUCAUUCAUCAAAGAGCACAGUCUUCAAGCAUCAUCUGGCUUAGAAAAAGGGAGUAAGGCAGACCUAGGUCUUGAUGACCACAUUGAAAAUGAAGCUGACAUCUCUGUAUAUAGCAAGGAGGAGCUCCUUCAGGUGGUAGAAGCUAUGAAAACACUGCUUUUUAAAGAACGACAGGAAAAGUUGCAGCUGGAGAUGCAGCUCCGUGAUGAAAUUUGUAAUGAGAUGGUAGAACAGAUGCAACAACGGGAACAGUGGUGCAGUGAACAUUUGGAUGCCCAAAAGGAACUAUUAGAAGAAACAUAUGAAGAGAAACUAAAGAUCCUUAAGGAAUCACUAACAACUUUUUACCAAGAAGAGAUUCAAGAGCGGGAUGAAAAAAUUGAAGAGCUAGAAGCUCUCUUGCAAGAAACCAGACAACAGCAGGCUGUGACUCAUCAACAGUCAGGACAUGAAUUGUCCCUGCGACGGUCACAGAGGUUGGCAGCUUCUGCCACCACACAGCAGCUCCAGGAGGCUAAAACUAAACUAGAACAAUGCAAAGCAGAGCUAAGCUCCACCACUGAAGAGCUACAGAAGUACCAAAAAAUGUUAGAACCACCACCCUCAGCCAAACCUUUCACAAGUGAUGUGGACAAGAAGUUAGAGGAAGGCCAGAAGAACAUACGGCUGCUGCGAUCAGAACUUCAGAAAGUUGGCCAGUCUCUCCAAUCAGCAGAAAGGGCCUGUUGCCACAGCACUGGAGCAGAAAAACUUCGUCAAGCUUUUACCACUUGUGAUGACAUCUUAAUCAAACAGGACCAGACCCUGGCUGAGCUGCAAAAUAACAUGAUGCUAGUGAAACUGGACCUUCGGAAGAAGGCAGCAUGCAUUGCUGAGCAGUAUAAUACUGUCCUAAAGCUACAAGGCCAGGCUUCUUCUGCCAAAAAACGCCUUGGUGUCAACCAGGAAAACCAACAACCAGAUCAACAACCACCAGGGAAGAAACCAUUCCUUCGAAACUUACUUCCCCGAACACCCACCUGCCAAAGCUCAACAAACUGCAGUCCUUAUGCUCGGAUUUUACGCUCAAGGCACUCUCCUUUACUCAAAUCUGGGCCCUUUGGCAAAAAAUACUAAGGCUAUAGGGAAGAGAAAUACAGCUAUUGCCCUGAAGUGGAACAAUUGCUCAGCCUAAUACUCUUAAGCUUUGCCAUAUACUUGGAACUUUAUCCAGAAUGUAAUACUCAGAUACUAUUUUUUCCUCUUUUGUAUUAUAAUCACCUAUAUAAUCUCAUUCUUUUCACAUAUGGUUUUUAUGCACACAAAAAUUUAAAUAUAUUAUUGUUCACAUUUUUAUUUGAAUUCCAAAUUUAGCAAAAACAUUAAAGCAACUUUUAAAAAAAGACAGAAAAAUUGACACAAACUUCAUUUUAUUCUAGCUAAUGGGAAUCUUGCACAGGAAUAGCAAUAGAAACCAGACACUAAAAUAACUAGUGAAAGAAGGCUUAAUAAGAAAUGAAUCCAAAUGUCACUAGAUAGUCUUAAGCUUUUAAUAUAAAAUGAAGUAUCACACAUUAAAAGGUGAGUAAAAAUGUUCAAGGAACAACACAAGGCUGGAUCCUAAGCUCAGAAUAAUCCAUAGCAUCUCUUGUAUAAAUUCAUUACAACAGACAAAUAGCAUAUUAUCUACUGAACACAUGCACAGGCCUGAAACCCUCAAUGAGCACCAUAACAAUGAUUCCCAUAUGGUCUAAACAAAUAGGGCUGGGGAAAAAAAAAAAGUAUUAGAGAUAAGAAAAACAGACCAGCAUGAACACUUACUUUUACCUAUAGUUAUUUUCGAAUGUCCAUGAAAUUAUCUGUAAUCCUGGAAAUGGAGCAGUAGCUCAACUGGUAUAGAGUGCCAGCCUUGAGCA